GCCAGUCACUUGCAGAUAUCUUGACGUCGCCAUUUUGACUCAGUUUCUUCCUCAACUUUUUCAGUUUUCACGACUUUCAUCGGAAUACUGAAUUAAACCAACAUGGGGGCUUGUUUAGCACUGGGUUCUCUUGCCAGCUGUGCGUCGUGUUUGUGCGGCUCGGCCUCCUGCCUCCUGUCAUCAUGCUGCCCGUCAACGUACAACUCCACCGUGAGCCGGCUGGCCUUCUCUUUCCUGCUGCUGCUUGGGACUCUAGUGUCUGUCAUUAUGAUCCUCCCAGGCAUGGAGGAACAUCUUAAAAAGAUUCCAGGCUUUUGUGUUGGUGGUGCAGGAAUACCUGGCAUAGAGGGCAAGGUCAACUGUGAUGUCAUUGUUGGCUACAAGUCAGUGUACCGCAUGUGCUUCGCCAUGGCCUGCUUCUUCUUCCUCUUCUCCAUCAUCAUGAUCCGAGUGCGCAGCAGCAAGGACCCCCGUGCCGCCAUCCAAAAUGGCUUCUGGUUCUUCAAGUUCCUGGUGCUGGUUGGCAUUACUGUCGGAGCUUUCUUCAUUCCAGAUGGCAUCUUUACCACAGUGUGGUAUUACUUCGGAGUUGUGGGCUCUUUCAUCUUCAUCCUCAUCCAGCUGAUCCUGCUGGUAGACUUUGCCCAUUCCUGGAACCAGUCCUGGCUGGAGAGGGCAGAGGAAGGAAAUCGAAAGUGCUGGUAUGCAGCUCUGCUGUCCGUCACCGUCAUAAACUUUGCCUUGGCUUUCACUGCUAUUGUACUCUUCUACGUGUUUUACACCCGACCUGACGACUGCACAGAGCACAAGGUCUUCAUCAGCCUCAACUUCAUAUUCUGCGUCGUUGUGGCCAUCGUGGCCAUCAUGCCCAAAGUUCAGGAGGCUCAGCCCAGCUCAGGCCUGCUCCAGGCCUCCCUCAUCUCCCUCUACACCAUGUAUGUCACCUGGUCAGCCAUGACCAACAACCCCAACCGGCAGUGUAACCCAAGCCUGUUGAGUCUGGUCCAUCCUGCCAGCACUACUCCACCACCAGGAUUUCCUCCUACCCCAGCUCCUGCAAACGUCCAGUGGUGGGACGCACAGGGCAUCGUGGGAUUGCUCAUUUUCUUGUUCUGUACCCUUUACGCCAGUAUCCGCUCCUCCAACAACGCCCAGGUGAACAGGCUGAUGCAGACGGAGGAGGACCAGGGUCUGACCAUCACUGCCCAGGACACGACAGGGGAGGACGGAGUAAGACGGGCCGUGGACAACGAGGAGGAGGGAGUCACCUACAGCUACUCCUUCUUCCACUUCAGCCUCUUUCUGGCCUCCCUCUACAUCAUGAUGACCCUCACCAACUGGUACAAGCCCAACUCUGACUACGAGUCCAUGCAGACCUCCAUGCCGGCCGUGUGGGUGAAGAUCUGCUCCAGCUGGCUGGGCUUGGCUAUCUAUCUCUGGACCCUGGUGGCCCCGUUGGUGCUCCCAGACAGAGACUUCAGCUAAAAAUGGUCUGUCACAUAAAGCCUCUUGCUCUUUAUUUGUUGAAGAGCGAUAGCUUAAGCUUACAGUUGACCUGCUUGAUCUGCUAUUAGCUCCACAUUUUAAAUUUGAGAAUGAAAAGGUAAUCUUCUUUGUUUUGAUCUGGAGCCGCUGCAUGUGUUACCUAAAUGUAAACCUUACAGUUGUAUGUGUUGAGCCUUAAUCACAUACUCAGUUUUUCCACCUCAGGUUAUUUUUAAAAUUUUUUUUCCUGCAAUGUUACAAAGAUUGUAAUUGAGAGCACUACAUACCUUUUUAUAGGAUGAGACCAAAUGAAACCAAGAUGAUUGUUGGUGGGAAUGAAUAUUUAGUUUCACCACAUUUAUGUUAAAUGUUUGUACAUUUUAUCAUUCCCUGUCUUCCAUUGGAAAGGUGUUGUCCAGUUUUUGAGAUCUGCUUUUCUUAUUUAGCAUUUUAUGGCAUAGCUUUGUUCUAGUGCCCAGUUUUAUAACAAAGUUGCCUUCUUAUAUUUUGCACACAGGUUAUUCAGAGGGGCCAUUUUUUUAUACCUUCCAAAGUUUUUAUAAUAUUCACAUUUCUAUAAAGUUGCUUUCUCAAAACACUGUAUGUUCACGUUUCAUUAUAAUCAAUAAAAACCUUCUAUUAUCUUUAAUCAGA